AUGGCCUGGUGGCACGGCUCUUUCGUGGCCGCCCUUCUCGUCUUCAACCUCGCCCUCCCUGGCGCAUACGCAGGCAACACGACCUGCGCGAGCGCGCAGUUGGAUUGGUACACCAGCGUGGUGGGCGAGACGCCUUGCCGGACGUACGAACGCUUGCGGCAAAUUUGCAACAUCGACUACCAGGUGCCAGACUUCAGGUCGAGUCCUCCCGGGGAUCAGUGCGAUGAUCAAGUUUCCGCAUGUUGUUGCAACACUGUCGCAUUCCAGCUGAGCAUGCUAUGCAUGAACUGUCAAUAUCUGACAGUGGCCGGGAAUAUAGGCACCGGUAUAGACGCAUAUAUACAAACUGCUGUCUGUAAUCUCGACAUUCGGCUUGAUGAUUUCGUUUACGGAGGGUGGGACGAUGGGUCUUGGUUCUACGUGUUCACAAAGGAAACGCAAGCAAGGAUCACGCGUUUCGUCGUCUGCCCCCACGUCAUCGUCGACAACGAUUACCGAUGCGUCCUCAACGUCACAUACCACCACAACUGUGCGUGGUGCUGUUACCUGAGCGCGACGCCAAGUCGCACCGGCACUCCCAACAGCGACGCUACUAACAGUAGUGCCAGCAAGCACUCGCAAACCGCCGCUAUAGUAGGGGGUGUUGUUGGGGGGGUGGGCGUGUUGUUACUCGGCAUCAUCGCAUUCUUUUUCUGGAGAAGACAUAGAAAGCACACCGCGGGGACGCCUGGCAUGCAAGACCGUCACUUCAGUUAUCAGCCACCGCCGAACCAUAGCAACAACCCCUCUAGAGGGCUUGUGGACCCAUUUACACCAAGCGUCACUGGGGCGUCCAUGGGUGAAUGGAGCUCAAAUACACGCUCCGUCGACAACCCGAGCCGGUUCGCAAACCAACACAUGCACUCCUCGCAGCCAUCGCUCGCCACCACGGGCUUCACCGGCGAAAGCUACUCCGGGCAAGUACCAUGGGCCCCCGCCCAAAACGUCCUCUCUGCCAAUACCACUACUGGACUCUCGCCGUCUGGCACGAGCUCGAGCCUCUCCGCGCUCCGACACGAGGACGCGGGCGCGGUCGUGGACCUCUCGCGCUCCAUGUCGGGGCGCCUUCCGCCGGCGUACCGCUCGUGGGAGCGCGGCGUGCCGGAGGUAGACGCGGACUCAAACGGGGGCGGGGGCUCGCAGGUGUCAGAGCCGCAGUCGUUCGGGUACGCGGUCGAGACGGGCGCGGUGGCGAUGGGAGGCGCGACGGUCGGGCGACGAUUGCCCACCCCGCCGUCGGGGGACCGGUCGCCGACAGGGACGAGCUUCAGUGGGAAUUCGGUGCCGCUGUCGCCAUCGCAGGCGUUGCCACCGUCGAACAAAGAGGUGAUGUCGAGAGGCGGGGUGAAUCGUUUAGAAACUGGAAAUUGA